UCGAAAUGGAUGCCGGCCUUGGUGGGCGCGGGGGAAGCUCCAACAUGGUUAUGGGCACUGUGCGAAAGCAGCACAUGAAUAUCGCCCUAUGGUUUGGCUUCUUCACAGCCUCGUUUGUGGUCUUCUACCUAUUCAGCGACGGCGAUUUCUCCUUCCUCAUGACGUUCGCCUCUUUCACGAGAGGCUUCGGGUUCGCCGUGCUGCUGGGGCUGAUGCUUGCGAAGAAGCACGCGCGAGGGGUCUCCAUGAAGAGCCUCCAGCUCUACGCCGUCGUGUUCGCUUCGCGGUUGGUGUCGGUGCUGCAGCACGAAGGGUACCUUCCCUACGACAGGAGCGGCGACUUCGUUUACCACGGGGCCGAGAUCGCCUCGCUGGCGCUGGCGGUGGGCUGCGUGGUGCUGAUAUCGACCAAGUUCAAGUCGACCUACCAGCAGGACGUGGACUCGUUCGGUGCGCUGCACGUGCCGACGGAAUGGGGCACGCUCUACAUCUUUGUCCCUUGCCUGCUGCUGGCGAUUGUGAUGCACCCGAACCUGAACAAGAACUUCCUGUCGGACACGGCAUGGACGUUCUCCAUGUACCUGGAGAGCAUGGCGAUUGUUCCUCAGCUGUUCAUGUUCCAGAAGCAGGCGAAGGGAAUCGUCGAGGUGUUGGUCACGCACUCGACUUUCGCCUUGGGCUUGGCGAGGGUGCUAGACAUGGUUUUCUGGAUGUUCAGCUACAAGGAGCUGACCCACGCGGGCUCGAACUCGGUGGGCAUGUUCGUGCUGUUCUCGCAGUUCGUGCACGUCGUCAUCAUGGGGGACUUCUUCUACUACUACGCUAUCAGCGUGAAGACAGGGAACAUGAUGCAGCUGCCAUCUCAGCUGUCGGGCAUGGUCUGAUUUGCUCGAGGUUUCGGUCCAUCCUCGACGCGAAGACGCCACUAUGUGAUGGUGGUGGUGGCGGGGAAUCGCUCUUUUCGACCUAAAUCUCCGUCGACGCAUGUGGUGGUUUCGCGGCCGAAGAUAGACAGGGGGAUUCGGCCGAACAUUAACAUGACCACCGACCGAAAAGGCUUGUUUCGUGUGUGCGCCGCUGCGGAGCAGAGGGAGGGAGAUAACACUAUUUCGGAGGAGGGAGGCAACCUCUUUCGGCCGGCAGGACGAGCGAUAGAAAUGAGGGGACCGGUGACUGUACCAGGAAUUUUUGUUGUCCCAGCGAGAUCACAGGCUCUUUUUUCGGUCUAUGGCGCUCUCUUAUGUACUACUGUAGCUGCGAAACCAAAAACACGAUUGGGACGGAGGGGCGCGACUUGUCUUUUUCGGAAGUACUAAAAGUGAGGUACGCAGAUAUUUUUUUGAAGAGAACGCCGCAGCGAAAUGGCAGUUUUGUUUUCGCACGCAUGGGUAUGGAUGUGGACGAGUGGAUGUGUUGACGUGCUUGACCGCCGCUUGGUACCGAAGCGUGUAUGGAUUAUGUACCAUUUUGUGCUGAAUUUCUUUCGUCGUGUUUGGGAGGGGCGGGGGGAACAUGCAGUCUCGUGAGCAAGAGAUAGUCUACUCGUGGGCAAUGCAAUGCCCUUCGGGUGGCCUCAAAACAGAACUCGAUUGGAUUGGAUUGGACUGGUGAGCAUUGGAUGCUGACCGCCCCCCCCCGCCAACGCCGAGCAUACCACGGGCGUUGGAGCUCGAGUCCAAUCCUAAUCUGGUCGUCAAUCGCCGGAUGGGGUUAUCCGUCUCGGCUUUGUGAGGGUAC